GCCUGGAGCAUCCCCCGGGCAUCCUCGGAGUGGGGAGUUGUGGCUGAUGUCUGGGUGCUUGUUGGGAGUGCGUGCAGGGAAGCCUGUUUCUGUUAGAGACAUCACUCAGCAUCUCCCAUUUGGAAGGAUGCUUCUGUGCAACCCUUUUUUGGGGGAUGGGGAAUCCUUUGGGACUGGCAUGACUGUUGUUUUGGCUUGCCCCAGCUCAGCUGCUGGAUGUGGCAUGUCCUUCCCAGAUCCCUCCUGCCAGGAGACCUCUGUCCUUUCCCCUGUCUGCUCUUCUCCUGCCAGACAGCCCUGCCAAAACAACUCUCUGGAAUCCCUCCUGCAGCAUGGUGGAAGCCCUCGGUGUCCUUCAGCCCAGUUACGGAGAAGGAGGUGCAGCAGUGGUACAAGGGCUUUAUCAAGGACUGCCCCAGCGGGCAGCUCGAUGCUGCCGGCUUUCAGAAGAUCUAUAAGCAGUUCUUCCCUUUUGGAGACCCAACCAAAUUCGCCACCUUUGUUUUCAAUGUCUUUGACGAGAAUAAAGACGGGAGGAUCGAGUUUUCGGAGUUCAUCCAGGCGCUGUCGGUCACCUCCCGGGGGACGCUGGACGAGAAGCUGAGGUGGGCGUUUAAACUGUACGACUUGGACAACGACGGGUACAUCACGAGGAACGAGAUGCUGGACAUUGUGGAUGCGAUUUAUCAGAUGGUGGGAAACACGGUGGAGCUUCCCGAGGAGGAGAACACACCAGAGAAGAGGGUGGAUCGGAUUUUUGCAAUGAUGGACAAGAACGCAGACGGGAAACUGACGCUGCAGGAGUUUCAGGAGGGCUCCAAGGCCGACCCCUCCAUCGUGCAGGCUCUCUCCCUCUACGACGGGCUCGUAUAGUCCCGGGGCCGAGCGGCGAUGCCUGGGGGAAGAUGUUCUCCGUGCCAUCCGACCACCGCCGCGCGAAGCUUGCCUGUCCCUCUUGGCCUUCCUUUCUGUUCUGCGAGCAAAGGAUGCCCUCGAAGCGCGAGCUCACUCCCCCUCUCUGCACUCUGAACCAGCCGCUGCCAUUUGCCAACUUCUGCUUUUUCAAAAAAAAAAAAAACCCGCGACAGACCCCGGUCUGAGCGGCAGCGAUCGCCCGAGACUUCAGGGCCGGGGGAACGGGUUGAGCAUCUCCAAAGGCAGAGCCCCACCCCGGCCUCCUCGCCCUCUUUGCUCCCUCUUUGCUACGUUUUCGGAUGGGACUGCAGAUGCGCUGGCGCUGGCAUGGUCCUCUCCUGGGAACCAGCCAGCUGGAGAUGGAUCCCAAAGGUACCGGGGGACCGCGCACCCCGGGGUGCUGCCUGCGUGGGGCGGCUGGGGAGCCGAGGCACCGACAGCGAUUGGGAACACAGUCCUGGUGUCACCUGCGAUGCCACUGGCAGCCUGGCCCGGCUCACUAGGGAUAUAUAUUAUUAUAAUUUUUUUUUCUUUUUGGUGAGACAGUAUUGUGCUUUCUUUUUUUUUUUUUUUUUCCUUCAGUGGAAAAAAGUGAGGCUUUUUUUAUAUGCCUGUCUCGACGAUCGAUAUCCUUAUUUAUUUGUUGUAAAUGUUGCUGCCGUGUUUAGUCUCUUGUGUGUGUGUCCAACCACCUAGGUGAUGAUAUGUAAGGUUUACAUGCUCGUACACUAUUGCGGGGCACCGGGAGCCUGCAAUAACAAUGAAGCCAAAAAUCUGCCUUCCUCCCUCUCCUCCCACCCCCUGUAUCCCAAGCUCCGUGGGCUGGCUGCUGUUUUAAGGGGAUGCUGUAGCUUCUCCUCCUCUUCUCAUUCCCCUGUUCCCUGCAUUUUUCUGUUCACCUCUGUCUUUGCAAGCUCAGCCAAGGCUCACUCAGCCCAAGCUCCGAGCAGAUCGAGUCCACUCCAUCUCUCAGUCGGGCAGGGCGAGGAAGCCACCGGGCACCAGAACAUCCUUAUUUCCUUUUUAUUUUCUUUCAUUUUCUCACUGCAUGAAAAAAUACUAAUGGAGCUGAGAGUUGGGUUUUGCUUUCAAGUCAGUAUUCUUUUAAUAUUUUCUGUUUUGCAAACGGUGGGAAAGUCUGUUGUCACCCCAGGGUGGAUUAGCCCAUGUGCCAGCGGGGCCAGGGGAGCGGAGGGGAUGCCCGCAGGGACAGCUCGCUCCGUCCCCCCAUCCCCGCUGGGGUGAUGUGGCAGCUCCUGCCUUGGGGGUGCCGGGCUGGGAGACGCGCAGCUCGGGGUGUCUCCUCAUCCCCUUGCUCCUUGUUUAGGACGUGACAGGUUUUUCUGUAAGCCAAGAGCAUGGCCCCAAAGUGGAGCCACUUGUGCCCGCCCUGGGGGAGGUGGAGGGCUGGGGAAACGCACCUGGAGACGCCCGAGUGUGGGGCUUGGAAAUGGCCCCCCCGGCCACAAGCAGUGUCUGCGUGGCCACUCCAUCACCCGCUGUGGCACUGGGAUGUGCCCAAGCAGGGCUCAGCCCCGCCGGGACACGCACCGGGGGACACAGCGGUGUCUCUGCGGGAGGACGAGCGUCGGGCGCAUGCUGCCGCAGCUCAGUUUCCAUCUGCCUUGGCCCCUGCUCUGGGGAAGGAGAGAGUUGUACCUCCUCGGGGGCACAGUGCAAGAUGCCCCCAGGACCCCUAAUGCCAGCAGGGAUGCAACCCCCUCCUGCUCUGGUGCGGUUUGUUCCUGGCCCAGCAGCACCCGUGCUGCUCUGCCAGGCUCACCGCUCCAUCCCCGUUCUGCCCCGCUCUCCACUGGGACACCUGCAGCUCCCACGGCCGAGCCCGGCCAGUGCCCACAGCCCUUGGCCACGGGGACCGUCCCCACGGCAGCAGGAGGUCAUGGCUGGACGUGGAGGACACUCUCACAGGUGUCCCGCGAUGCAGGAGACAGGACGGUGCCCCAGCGGGGUCUGAAUCGUCCCCCGAUGGCAGGGACAGAUCUCUGGGCAAAUGGUGCUGGUCCUUUGCUGCACGGCCCCGCUUCCCAGUUUCAGGGUCGUGCGCUGGUGGCACUUUCUGAUGCCCAUAAAAAACUGCCCUUCCCCAUCCCCAAGGAGACCAACUUCAGGUCCACGUGCAAUAUUUCUGCCUCUUUUGUGGUUCCUGCCCCUGAGGGUGCCCGUGGUUCAUUGUGGGGGGCUCCUGGAGGGUGUCACCUCGCUCCCUCUCAUGGAAACUCCAUUUCCUUGAUGCUUUGUGGCCAAAAUGCAACUCUCUUGGGUAGAUCUUUGCAGUGCCUCCAACUUCUCUAACGCUUGUCUGCCAGACCAGUCCCUUCCCAGUGCCAAUCAAUGUUCCCAAUGAAUGUGACGCUGCUGUAAUCGCCUCCGCUGAUGAAUGAUGGACCCUGCGACGUUUGACACAAUUCCCAGGCAAAGGCAAACAUCAUUUGCUCUGACACUUCCCCCUGAAAGGCUUUUAAUUUUCAGAGGACCUGCCAUGGUUUGCGCUCCAUCAGUGCUCGCUGACAUCUCACCAGGGAGGCAGCCCUGGAGCAGCAGCAGCGGGGUAUGCGGCCCCCGUCACGGGUGGGGUGAGUGACCAGCAUCAGCUUGAGAGAGCUUCAGACCCCAGAAAUCCCAAAAUUCAGUGUCAGGUGCUGCUGUCAUUGCCAGCAACCCCCUGCUGCUGCUGCUGCUGGCGGGCUCAGGGGUGGAGCCCCAUGCCUCAUCCUCCCUUGCCCCUUGUUAAAUAUUUGCACACUAAAAAAAAGAAAAAGGAGCAAAAGGGACAAAAGGGUUUGGCCUGUAUUUGAGAGCUGUGUGCCAGCUGUGAGGACUCUGUUCGGUGACGACGACAUCCUUUCCUGGGCAGAAGCCCGUCCUGUGAGUUCGAGGCUGGCUCUUGUCCUGGGCCCUGGCUCCAGCCCCAUGGCAGGUCCCAGCAUGGGGUCUGUCCUGCCCUGCUUGGCCAUGCUGAGUGUCCCCAAGCAAAUCGUUUUGGCCCUGGUAUUCCCCCCUGGCUGUGGAUUUGGGACCCUGGCUUGGAUGCUUGCAGGCUCCUUUUGGGGAGAACUGAGAGCCCCUGACUCCUGAACAUCACCAGGAUCUGCAGCUUCUCGGUACCGCUGAAAAUCAGGCUUGAAGCAUCUUGCGCUUGGAAAUGUUGGCCUUAACCUCCUCGUGCCUCACGUUUCCCCAUCAGUGAAACGGCCUGGGUGAGCCAUCCCCUCUCCAGAGAGCGAUUCGACGCCUGUGCCCAGGGGAGCACGAGCACUGGGUCCAGCUCACGGCUGCGACCAUGAGGGUUUGGCAGGACCCACCGAAUGUCGGGCACGUGUGGAGCACCGGGAGCAGUGCGUGAACCGCUGGGGCGGAGUUUACAUCGGAGAAUAAUUAAUUUCGAUCUUCUUUAUACACCUGCUCAUUAUUAAAAGCAAACAGCUGACAAGACCUGAUUUGUUUCUGUUUAUAUUCGGGUUUCUCAUGCCUGUGAAAUAAAGGUGGCUGCAGCCCUGGCGAUGGGAAGGGGAUGGAAGUGCAGCCAGGCGGAGGCGAGGGUCGGCCCCGGUGGCUGCGGCGUGUGUGUCCCCCACCUCUCAUUUGUCCCUGUCGGUGUUGCCCCAUUAAAAUGCCGUGUCUGUGCUUUCCUUUCUUUUCAUUUUUCUGUUCGUGCGUUGACUGUUGCUGCUCUGUAACCGUCUUUCCUUGAGCUCUGGGGCUGGGCUGGGCUGAGCUGUUUCCCUGAGGAGAGUAAGGACGUGGGAGAAGGCUCUGGGGGCAGAUUCCACCCCCCCCUCUCAUCACGGCACAAACCAGGACCUGAGAGAGAGAAAAGCGAAGUGAGUUUUUCCUCCGGAGCAUCCCUUUAAUUGCUUCAAUUUGUAAUGAGACCAGGCGGUCCCCGGGAGUGCUCCCCACCAGAUUCAUGGUGUGGCUGUUUGCUUCUGGGGGACCCCAGCCCCCAUUUGUGCCAGGUACCAGCUGCAUCCUGACUGCGCAGAAGCUGGUGCCUGCCGGCGCCUGCCCCCCGUGCCAUCAGGACACUGCAUCCCAGUUGGAUGGGAGAGGGCUGAGGCUGUGGGACCCCCAUCCCAGAGCCACUGUUCCCCCUGAGUGGGCAGGUCUGCCACCACCUGCGCUAACCUGGAGAAUGGAGGGGUCUGGGGGGUCUGGGGCUGAGCCCCCUUGGAGCAGGGCUGGCUUUGAAGCAGGUCCAGGUGUGGCGUGGGGGCAGCUGAAAUCGCUGGCAGAGCUGCCCUCUUUCCAUAAAUUUAGGGUUGGGGGUGUCUGGUGGGGGUGGGUGGGUGCCCCGCAGCCUGCUCAUUGUCCCAUCAUCCCCAGCCCCAGGGCAAAGGGGGAGAUGUGGGGCGCUUUGGGAGGGCAUCAGCCGCCCCACCUUCAUGGGGGUGUUGGAGGGCAGGGGGCCGGCUGGGGCAGGAGCAAGGGCUGGGGGCGAAGGAGGGAGCUGCUGACCCUGGUCUCAGUGCAGCAGCUUGGGGGUCUCUUUGCACAGCAAUUUUGGGGUCUCGGUCACAUUCUUCCAUCAGCACCGUCCUUCUCUUCUCUCUCUCUCUGCUCCUGCAGCCUCCAGCCCUGGGUUGGGUGCCAUGUCCCACAGAACCCCUGUCUUGGGGGGCAGCCAAGCCCUGGGCUGUGAAACAGCAGCUCCAGCAAAGAGCCUUGUUUGUAAAGAUGUUUGUGUGUCCGUGCCGGUGUCUCGGCUUGCAUGCCCUGCUGCCUUGUCUUGAGAUGAAAUCAAGAGCAAACCAAGCAAACGAAACAGUUUAAAACCAGAAGAAAACGAAACAAAACCCAGGAACUUUGUGACAGUGGAAAUAAAAGCUUAAUGACAGUAACGAA